AUGGUCCCCGCCAAAGCGAAACCCCGAGCUUUUGGCACCAUUCAGCGGCACCGCAACCCCCGACAAAAAUCCACACAUCUUUACACUAGCUUGAGCUCUAAAAAACUCCGUUCUAUAUUGAGGUGUAAUUUGGCUCAGCUUCCAACCCAUCAACCUCCACCAACCUGCAUCAGCAUCCGAAAUCAUGAGCCCGCUGACUUGACACUUCCGGUAGCUCGAACUCCCGAACAAAGGAGUCUUACAACUACAAUACAAUUUCAUGAUUGGUCGCCUAAAAUUCAAGCCGUGCGAAAACCUAAGCUAUAUAACCCAGGAGUCGCAGGAUUAUGUGAUCUUCCAGAAGAGUUGCUCGUCAACAUCAUCAAAUCCGUGGAAAAGUACGAUCUUCUCAAUAUCGUUCGCACUUCCAAGAAGUUGCGACGCAUAACUGAAGAGAUGGUCUAUACUCGUCCUGCGCUUGAUAAGCCGUAUUCGAAUUACUACUUUCCGAUUACCAGACGGGUAUUUUGCUUCGCUCGCACGCUGAUUUGCCGACCUGAUCUUGCGUCCAGAGUACAAUCGCUCUCUAUAACCACCGAAUCAGGCUAUAGUUCUGAGUAUCAAAACUGGUUACCGGAUGAGAGUCUGAAAGCAUUUGAGGCCAUUCGGGAAGUGGGAAAGACGCACGCAUGCUGGGCGACCAGGGUCAAAAACUGGAUCUACCGCUUGAGGUCUGGUAGUAGUCAUGCUUGUGGUGGACUCAUCAUUGCAUCACUACCCAACUUAAAGACACUUACUAUCGAAGUCCUGUACAAGCAGAUUUCGGGAUUCUCGCCAUCUCCUUGGGAUGGCAGUCGAUAUGAGCGAAAUGUGAUGGAUUGUCUGUUCGGUAGACCAACAGAACAGGACACUUACCUGGACCUUUCGGAGCUACGAGGCCUGAGAAAGAUUGAAAAUCUCGAGUUCUUUGGAUCCCGUCUUUCCACAAAUUGGUGCAUUCUGCCAAGUUUGCAAAGAUUAAACAUAGCGCGGGACUCCUUUUGCCCAUCUCAGCAUAGCUGGAAGGUGAUCGGUGACUUCCAUACGAAAAGGUCGACCGUUCGAUCUCUUUAUCUCGACGUACCAACUUAUGUGACUUAUCGUGGCGAAGGAAAUCUUCGCGGGACUGUUAGUCCACAGUUCAUCUCGCCGGAGAACUUCCCUUGUCUCGAGACGUUAAGCAUCCUCUUGACAAACAUCGACUACAACGGGAUCCGAGAUAUAGAGAUACUCGUCGAGCCAGGACAUGGGUACAUGGAUAACCUUAUAUCCCGUCUGGUAUCAAUUUCAGCAUCGAUCACUACACUGGAUCUCGAACCCUUCGGCAAUCGUGGCCACACCUUUCUCGACUAUCUUAAACCUAUCACUACCCUCGCAGCUUUCAGCAAGCUGAAAAUCCUUAACAUAACCCAGGAUCUUCUCCUUGGUCAUGACUUUGGGUUGUGUUCCAAUGGCGCCCCACAUCCAGCUUCUUCUCAUCCCUUUAUGCUUCUCCCAGGCACUCUCAGGACGCUUUCAAUACAACAUCCAACUACCCGAGUAUUUGGAUGGCUUGAUGAGUUUGAUAAAGACGUUGACUCAGACGCAUUUCCAGACUUUGAGGGUAUAUUACUGGGGUGUCAAAGUAUCCGAGGAGAUAGUUAUCCGGAAAUGUAUGCGGAGUGGGACGUAUGGGACGAGCAGCGCCAUCGUCCUUACUAUGUGGCUGUGGGAUAUCGAAAAUACGACGAGCACCCGUCCUGGUACGACGGUACAUGGUCAAAGGACUGGGACCCCUAUGUCACUCGAGUGGUAAAAUUCCUCAACAACUUGCAUGUAAAAAAUGACACCAGAGGCCGACCAGUAGUACAUCGUGAGUUGACGAGAACCACGAGCAAUUUUUACCCCGUACUGAACCGAAGAACCGUCGAUUACAUGAUUUUGAAGAGAGCUCUUCCGAGAUUUUUCGACUCUGGUCUCAGCGUAUACCCAUACUUCGAAGCUACGUAA